UAGGCAUUCUCAUUACAUACUUGUUUACAGAUUAUACAUUGAUUAUUUUAGACAAUAAAUUGCUGGAAAUAUGAAAUACUGCGUAAUAUUACUUUUUUUUGGUGUAGCGGCCCAGUUAGACGCCUCGGUCAUACAGCCGACCAACGAUACUGAAAUGGUUGAAAGAGAUAACAAACGCGUCUCUAGGAGUGCGCAGGACCGCUCUGAAGAGGAGGGUAAGCAUCGCGUCGACAAUACGCGUGACAAAGUGGAGUCAGAGAGUGACUCGGCCAAGAAUCUUCGUCGUAGCGACGAUGGCCCGGACGGCAACAAAGUGCUCGCAUUUGGCCUGGACACCGGUGUCGCGGACACCAAAAACGCAAUAGUACAGGCUAUCUCGGACGCCUUCGGCGGCCUGGUGCAGUCGCAGCACGCGCGCUCCAACACUAAAGGCGACAAGAAGCCCCUGUCCCUGGAACUGCGGUCUGAAUCUAUUCUACAAACUUUGGAGAACUUCCUCAGAUCGCCCAAGGUGAAGAAGAUUACCCGCGACCUGGCGAAAAAAGCCGCCAUCAUAUACAGGGCUAUUGAGAAGGAGCUCUAAAGCCAAGUCAUAAAUGAAUAUUUUUAGCUAAAAAAAGAACCAUUGUUUAUGUAAUUGACUCACAAAGUUUUUAAAUAAAGGUGUCGUCACAUUGCGA